AUGGAAGCGCUUCACUCUUUGCCUCGGAACCCGGACGUUCCAAUGCGACAGCCAUCCGCGGAAGAUCUGGAUGCUGCGCAGCAGUUGAUCUCCUCCGCUCAAGCCGGUCGUGAACAUCUGGCAGACCACUAUCGGGAGGAUCAGAUAAAUCAAGGAAGUGGCCAACCUGGAUCAGAUCGAUGGGUUGGCCACUCUGAAAUCCCCGUGGACAAAUCAUCACCCAAAAGUCAAAAAGACACAGCUUUCCUAGGCCAUUCAUGCAGCAAUUGCGGUACGAAAAGCACUCCACUCUGGCGUCGCUCGCCGACGGGAGCGAUGAUCUGUAAUGCCUGCGGUCUAUAUCUCAAGGCUCGCAACGUUGCCCGCCCCACAAAACGAAAUCGCAUGCAAUCUGAGGGGGCCGAAAAGUUGCCGCCCCCGACUACCACACAUUCUGAAGGCUGUGGCUCAUCUGAGGGUGGUGGUUGCAAGGGAUCCUGUCCCGGUGGUGGAAGCUGCAAUGGUACUGGUGGUGCUGAGGGUUGCGAUGGAUGUCCAGCGUACAACAACCGCAUUUACAAGUCCGCUCCCCGAGGAACUGCCUCAAUUCAAUCUUCCUGGGGACGUCCCUCGGUGCAGGAACCUGAACCUGUACCGAAAGAGGAGCCAGCCGUUAAACCCCCUUCCGUUGAUGGAAACAACACCCUGGUCGCUUGUCAAAAUUGCAGUACAACUGUGACUCCUCUGUGGCGUCGUGACGAACAGGGCCACCCGAUCUGCAAUGCGUGUGGACUGUACUAUAAGCUGCAUGGAUGUUAUCGCCCCACUAACAUGAAGAAAUCCAUCAUCAAACGUCGCAAACGUGUUGUUCCCGCUCUACGAGAUCAGUCUCCUACCGCGGCCACCCUUUCAUCCAACGGCUCGUCCGCAUCCCCAGAAGCCUCGCCCGCUGCCCUGGCACAUGGCCACGACGAUCACUACCGUUACAUGAGCAGCGAGCCUGCGGAUCACUACCAAAUGAACUCCGGAAAGCCGGAGGACGUACCUCAACCCUUGCCUUUCGCACCGCCGCCGGUUGACUUCACCGGUUACAAUGCCCCCCUUGCACAUGGCAUUCCCAUUGCGCAUGGUCUUCCAAAGCCUUUGGGUGUAGAACGACUGGGACAUUCACCGGUGUCUCAAUACGGCCGACGAUCCGCAUCUCCCAACUCCAUCAAUCUUCCUAAAAAGCGAACCUUGGCCGAGACUGCCAUAGACGCAUUACCAGCACCUACCACCUUGGAAGGAGGAUCAAAUCAAUUGCCCCCAAUCAUGUCUUCCAUCAAUCCAACCCCUCCUGGUCGCCUCAGCUCUAUCUCGUCUAUUUUGAACCAAUCUGACGUUCGAAGCGAGUCGCGCACAGACCCCAACAUGGGUCGCCCUCAACACCUCCACCCAUCUGUCUCUCCUUCUCCUCAUCCGUCGCAGCAUCUCCCAGGCAUUGCAUCCUUGGGCGACUCGGUCGAUCGCCGUGCCCGUCUGGAACGCGAAGCUGAGCAGAUGCGCGAGAUGCUCAGGGCCAAGGAGCGUGAGUUGGCGGAGAUGAGACGAUAG